CCCUCACUGGAAAACAACCCAACUAAACAUAACAGAUUACAUCAGCUCAGGCUUUUCAAUUCCUGGAUGGCAGCAGCGUGCUAAUCCAACCUUCAUCCUGGAUUUCGCAAAGUAAAACAAGGGAGGCUGGCAAGAAGACAGCUUGAGGAAAUUGACGACGGCAGGCCUGGUGAGCAGUAGGCUGUAUAAAGGCUCAAAAAACUGCAAGCUGAUCUCCCAGCUACUACUUCUGGUCCUUCACUGCUACGUCCCAGCAGCAGCAGAAGAAGACCUCAGAGCUAAAUUUCUCAACCUGCUCUUCUGUAGUGGAAACCGUGCACCUAGCACCAAAAGACAUGAAUCGUUUUUUGGUCUUCACUCUCUUUUUGGUACCCACGAAUGCUGGACCUACUUGGAGUACCAAGUAUGCUGUGGACUGCCCCGAGUCCUGCAACAGCAGCGAAUGCAAAAGUCUGGUGCACUGUAAGAAGCAGGUGUUGGAUGACUGCGGCUGCUGCAGAGUCUGUGCUGCAGCCUUGGGAGAGACGUGCUACCGGACCGUCGCAGGGAUGGAUGGCGUGAAAUGCGGCCCUGGAUUGAAGUGCCAGUUUUUUUCUGAAGAGGAUGAUUUUGGUGACGAGUUCGGUAUCUGCAAAGAGUGUCCGUACGGGACCUAUGGACUGGAGUGCCGAAGAACCUGCAACUGCCAGUCUGGCAUAUGUGACAGAGUAACUGGGAAAUGUCUGAAAUUUUCAUUUUUCCAACUGGCUGCUUCAAAGCCCCCCAGCAGACUAAAGCUAAUUCCACAUGCAGAGAAUGAUAUGGGAUCCGGUGAUGGCAAUUCUGUAAAAGAGGAUUUUGUCAAAGAAAAAGCCAUUAACUCCCCAAUAACGAAAUGGCUAAACCCUCGCUGAUAUUAGCCUAUAUGGGCAGGACUUUCAAAACUGAUGUGCUUUCUUCACAUUUAUAAUGAAUGUUCAGCAAUCUGCUCCAGCAAAGGAAAUAGUAAUGUGUAAUAAACAAAUAACCGAAUCCAGUCUGUAACUUCAGGAAAAGAGUGUAAGACUGUGUACAGUGUACAUGUUUUAAAGAACACAUCUUAAUUGUCAUUAGAAUACUAAAGUACAUUAUGAACUGUUGAAUGUAAACUUUUUUGAAAGGACACAUGAAUCUAGGAGUCAUCUCAAAUCUGCAAGCCCUACACAAAAUAUUCAUUCAUUUAAAACAUAGGAAUUGUAUGGUGACAGAAGUCCACCAAAGUUAGGAAAUGUAAAUUUCAUAGCUGAUAUCCUGAUAGACUGAUGAAUGUAAUAAAAGGGACUAAAAUCAGUAUUAAUUUUGAAUAUGAAGACUACAGUUUUACGCAUAUUACAUGGAAGUAAGAGCCAUGGAAUUCAGUGAGACUUAUUUUUGUGUAAGCAUGCCUAGGAUCAGGCUGCACUGCCACAAUCCAAGACACAGCUAAACUUGCAGGCAGUUGAAUCCUGUGUAUGUCUACUUGGAGUUACACGCUACUAUGCU